CCCAAGGCGUGUACGUGACGUCUGAAAUCCCCGCUCACGUUUAAGGCGUUUUAACAAGAAAUCUCCGUUGAAUAUAUUUCACAUUCCUUGAUAGGACAACGUGAAAUCAAAAGCUAGUCAAUACGAGCCGAACUUCAUGAAUCGAUUUUAUUUCCUCGUGAAUAAAAACCCACACGUUGAUAAAUCGAAACCCGGUCCUUUAAUAACGGAUUCUGCUCGGACGCCACGGAUUUCUCCCGGAUAAAUAAUAAUUCUGGAUUCUUGACGUUUAAAAGCAAUUUUAAGAAAUCCAACGUCCAUUCGAAGGGGCACGGUACUGCAACGGAAAAAUCCAAACUAUUUACAAAUCGUAUUCUUAGUUCUUUCGGUAAAGUCACGUUGAAGGGAAACAACAAAAUAAUAAAAGAAAGAACUAAGAAUAUGAAUUACUGCAGUCACGAAAGCUUUAAAUCAAAAUGUAUUUACAAAUCGAUCCAAGCGGAGGAAUCGAACCCCCGGCAAACUCAUCACGGUUUCCUGGGAAUCGAUUCCGGUGCCGUCACGUGGUGGGUGGGGAAGGAGCUUAAUUUUUUGGCGGGAGAAGCGCGAGAGGAGACGCGAGAGGAGAGGCGGAGGCUCCCAACGUCGCCUUCUCCCCGUUGCGAUGGAGCCUCUGAAGCCGCUGAGGCGGCUCGCAACGCGCCCUCUGAGCACGAGAGAGCCCACAAAACGAAAAUUUGAUUUUGCUGUGCAAGAACAACCACAGGUGGAGGAGGAACCUCCAGACACUGAUGCUGUGGAAAAGUCUUCGACAAGACAAAGUGCUCAUUUACAGAAGCAGCCCUCUGUGUCCACCAACGAUGAGAAUGGCUCGAUGACUCUGAUGCUGGCCAGCACACAUGACUACUCUGAAGAAGAAGUAGUUAUGAUGCAGCACUCUGACCGCCACGACCGGAGUUCGAUUCCUGGUCGGGGAAGACUAUCCCCGUACAUCCGAUUAAAACGAUUGGCUACACACGGUUCGAAAGAAGUUCUACAUACAGAAAUCUCCAACUCUGCAAAGUCAACGACUAACACAAGUCAUCCAGAAUACAAGAAAUCAUUGCAGAGAACCCCACAGAUUCUUCCAGAAGAUGAUGCUACCACUAGCAGUGCUCGGAAAGUACCAACCGCAGAAUUAGCAAGUCCAAACCUAAAUAAUUCUGAAAACAGCCCCGUUGGAACCACAAAUCAAGAUGGUGAAGCUAUGGGGGAAAAUCCUUCAGAGAGCCGAGGUUCAGAGUCAAAAACUGUACAGCCAACUCCUCCGGAUAAUGAUGAAGAUGUUGGUGAAAGUGAUCGUGACAGUGAUGAAGGUGACCUUGAAAAUGCGCAGGAAAGAAUGCCGGACCUUGAAAGCGCAAGUCUGGAACAAUCUGGGGAGUGUGAGAUUCAGGAGGAGGCGGAAGGAAUGGAAGGUGUUGGAACUUUGAUACCACAUGGACAUUCUUCGAAAAAAGCCAGAAUCUUGGAAGAAGAGGAAGUAGAACAGGAAGUGGGAGAAGUUGAUUAUUCCAUUGGAAAGAUUUUGAAAAAACGAGUUUCACAAAAACUUGGACCGACCUCGCAGACACCUGCCAACUAUGGACACAAAUCGGGCACCCAGUCCCUGCACAGCGGCCCGGCACGACGCUCUUUUGCGGUGCAACGGCAACAGCCCAAAACUUUGGAGAAACUGCGUCCACGGAGGAGAACUAGGGACCACCCCAGCAGUGAAGGGAGUGCUUCGAUGAUAAAACUGCGCACUGUGCGAGUGUGUGUAGGAGAACGAAAGAGAGGAGUUCGCCAACUCACCGCGCUUGAUGUCAUCCUCACCUACAUCCACAACGUCCUUGAGUCCUACAUGGAGGAGGUGACAUCUGAAGAGUGUGUUGCUUUCCUUCAAGAGCUUCAUAAGAACUUGCAGGUGGAAUUUGAUAACUUGGCUCUUAAAAGUGAAGAAUGGAAGAAAUUGAAUUCCAAGUCACGCAGGGUUGAGUUGGAUUUGGUGAGAAUUCGCAAGAAGAUACUCGCUAUGAGGAUGGAGAAAGAGAGGCUCAGGCAGGAGGCUUUGGAGUUGGGGGACAUACAUGACCUGGCCCUGGCUGACGCCGCCACAACUUUAGAGUCUCUUUCCAACUUUUACAAAACAGAGAAAGAGACACGGGGACAGAGAAUGCACGGGGAAGAGGAGGAGGAGGAGGAAGUGCCUUCCUCCCUCUCGUCUCUUCUCGUAGACGCUCACCUUGUCCUCUCUGGGGCUCAAAACCUCGCCUCCAUGAAUGCUCGUCUGGAGAAUAAACUCAGUACCCGCUGAGCUUCCCGUCUCUCCUCCACUCUAAUCCUGCUGAUGAAUCGGCAGCUUCAGAAAAAUCCGCAAUCGCGAAAGUAAAACUUCAUCAUCGACAACAAUAUCCGAAAAGAAAAACAUGAGCAACAUCAUCAGCAGCAGGAGUAGCAUCGCAAAGACAAAGAUCCCCCCCGUAUAGCCGUAAUGGACAGUUGGAGCAAGUGCUGUUAGCGAACACCUAUGAAGGCCGCCACGACACAUGAGGGUGGGUGGCCAACGCCAUGCCCAUCUACCUUCGUCUCCCUAGUGUUGAUGUUUACACAAGUUGACCGAGGUGAGGCCCAAUACCAGUUCAGAUAAUUGUCACUGGUGUCGACCGUGAGCGGGAACCCAGGACCCGGGUUUGUAGCAAAGCGCACUAACCGCUACGCCACCGCUCCCCACAAGUAGCAUCGCACAUACGGUACACGCAUACUUAGCCUACACCGAGGAGGAGGGAGACGAGAUGGAGGGAUAUAAGGGGAGGAGGGAGACAUGGGGAGGAUGAGGGAGAUGCGGGCAGGAUGAGGGAGACUGGUAGAGAGAGGAGUCAGUAACUUGUCUUUAUUAUUUUUCUCGUAAGUGGGGGCUUUGAUGGGAGUCACAUGGGUGAGAUGAGUCACGUGGGGGAUGAGUGCUUACUGUUGAGGUUUUUUUUUACUUUCAAAAACAUUUUUUGCUUGUUUAGCUCCAGCAUCAGCAUUGUCAAUACUAACAGCAGCAGUACCAGAAUCCUCAUUUGCAGUAGCAGAAUAAGCCCUCAUUGCCAUCAACUGCCUCACCUGUGCGGGUUAUUACAAAAACACCAAACCAAUCGAGGUGGAUGAAAUGCAUUAAUUAUUUAUUCUUAAGCUCCCGAUACAUGCAUAUAACUGCACGAGUAUAAGAGUACGCUUUUUAUUUGUACAUUUAAUGGUUUCACAUGACCUCUGCAACUGCUCUUAUUUAAAAACCAAAUUUCCACAAUGUUAAAUGUAUUCAUUCUUGAGUAAAGCUUUUUACAGUACAGUUAUGUGCUUUAUUAAUAAUACGAUUAUUCUUUUGGGUCUCUUGGAAAAGUCACAUAGAACAAAAUAAUAAAAAUGAAAAAGUGAAUACAAAUUAAUAAAACUAUCACGACGUUUCGAUCACAACACAAGCAAUCGUCCCUUUUUUCUCCUGAUGACAUGAUAUUUGUAUUAUUUUUUGUAUUUUAUUGUUCUAGCUAAGUGACUUUACCGAAAGACCCAAAGAAUAUGAAUUCCUUCAGUCACGAAAGCUUUAAGUCAAUAUGACGAUUGUUAAAUACUGGAAUAGAAAUCUUUAAUGAUUUUGUAUAGGUUACCAAGGCUAUAGUUUGCACCAAACAUAUAUACUCAAUGUUAUACUCUUGCUUAUAAGUUUUGUUUAAAUUGUAUUCAUAGUUUACAGUCAUUUGUCAGUCCACUGCAGCUUGACUCUCCCCACGCCUUGUCGGUCGUGUGAGUCUGUUGAACACACAUAAAGCUGCUUGGGACCAGUUCUGGUAUCACUUAUCACUGGUGUCAACCCUGGCCAGGAAGAGGUUCCACAGGGGGGCGGUUGUGGACAGGGCAAAGCUGUAGUUGGAAGCUGGUGGGAGGGUGAAGCUGUGGGCCACGUGGGCAGGGCUUCAUAGGCAGUUGUGCUUGUUCCCCGGGUUCUGGAACACAACAGCACCACCACCGCCAAUUAAUUGAUUCACGGUAGCGAUAAUGCUGUCCGCCCGCAACUUUUCUUUAUCAUUCGUGGUCGCCGAAUGCUUAUUCGUUUUCAAAAAUGGAUGGUUUUCGUGUGUUCCAUCGUUACAUCACCAUUCGGAGCUCUCACAGCGAGCAGUGCACCACCCUGUGUUCGACAAUUGCCCCGGAAUAUAGUGAUGUUUCAAAACUAUGUCGAAGUUACCUUCCAAAGCCUGUGUCUCUCCACCAAUUUGAACAGUGAUUUUAUAUGCCACCUCUAAGAGACGUUUUGUUGCAUGCCAAUCAAACAAUGUCAUUUGUGCCCAGGCUGAGGCUAUCAAUUUGUCUCACUUUAGAACCUGGUUUAAAUGUGAGCGGCUAGAAGCUGAAUUUGAACGGAUGAGCCCAGUGUUGCUGGUUUGCCCACGUGUGGUGCGAUGUCUUAACUGAAACCAGGCGAGGGGUGUGAUGUGACUUUCUCAACUGCAGACAUUGUAACCAGAGGGUUAAUUCAUUUGGGUUUCAUGCGGCGGUGUCGCUGUUCGAUAGAGUUUUUUGAGCAAAGGACAAUAAUGCCAGGCCAGGUGCCUCAAAGUGCACCUGGCACAGGUGCCGUGGUGACGUCACCGUUACUUGGUAGCGAAUAGCGGGGAUUGGUAUUGGUGUCGAGGAAAGCAAAUUUCCUCAAGAAGCUUGGUCGAACGUUUGCGAGUAGAGACCGUUCAAUGCUUUUCUGUACUUGAAAUACCGUAUUUUCCCGCAUACGCAUAUAACCGCAGACGCAUUUACCCCGCAAAAUAGCGUUUUGUGUUAAACAAAUUUCAGAUAGCCCGCACCUCCAUAUUACCCCGUAUGCAUUCAUAUCUUUAACGUCGUUACCGCAGCUUAAUUCCAUCAUUAAUACGAAGUUUACAUUUGUAAUACAUUCCACUAUCAAUUGUUAACGUUUAAAUCAUAAUGUGCACAAAGAAACCAAACUAACCGGAAACGCAUGAACUUAAAACAGUAAAUAAGUAACAAAAGUAAAUAUCCAAUAAAUAAGUAAUACAUUACUGGUAGAUGAGUCGGUACAGUUUUAGCACUGGUAGAUUGCGCACUGCGCAGACAAUAGCGGCACUACGGUAACGCCAUCGCCUCCCCCCCCAACCCCCCCUCACCUCUCUCUCCCCCCAGCUCUCCCGUCGCCGGUAAACAAAGUGCGCCCACUUCAAACAUUGUCGUUUCAUUGUACAGUACAAAGAAUUCGAAACAUUUAAAACGUGAUAACAUGUG